CCCAAACAUUGACACGACACGACUCAUAUUGGACGCUCUCUAUGCUACCGCCGAUGCUCCGUUCAUGGCAGACUUUGCGGCAGCGCAGAAGCGCAUCCAGGAACGCCGUCUGGCACGAGCAGAAGCGCUGAACGCUGCCGAAAGCGCACAGCGCGAAGUACGAGCUGCCCAGUUGACACAACUCCCACCGACACUACGGACAUAUGCAUUCGACUUGAUUUCCUUUUGGGACAACAUCCGAUCUCCUUAUGGCACGCGACCAGCAUUUCGCGUGGGCCAAGUCGACGCCGAACUCCUCGACGAAGCAUUGCUGGGAUUAUUGAAGAAGCAGGCGGGGGAGGGAUUGAAAUACUUUGGCGCACACCUCAAAGAUGACUACGACUUGGAGAUCACCGCUGCUCUUCGCGCGGUCAUGUGGAAGCUGAGCAUCUACGAUCACGGACAGUCGUACGGAGCGAGCUUGCAGGGUCUGAAAUACAUUGACGCACGCGGAAACCCGGAUCCCAAUUUCACGCGCAAGGAAGCGACAACUUGGCAGAGAGUGGUGUAUGGUCUUCUGACAGUGGGUGGACGCUAUGGCUGGAGCAGAUGGGAAGACCGGCUCAGUUCGCUGGAGAAUGGCUACGAUGAACCCUCACCACUGAUCCGACGACUGUCCCGAUUCACCACAUUCGCGAGCACAUCUCACAACAUCGCCGCAUUCUGCUCAUUUCUCGUCUUCCUCUACAAUGGUCACUACCGAACACUUACCGACCGUCUCCUCCGACUCCGUCUCGUUCCCGCAUCCAACCAAACCUCACGCGAAGUCUCCUUCGAAUUUCUCAAUCGCCAACUAGUCUGGCACGCCUUCACCGAAUUUCUUCUCUUCAUUCUCCCAUUGGUUGGCAUAUCGCGUUGGAAGCGCUGGCUAGCACGAGCAUGGAAGAAGACCAAGAGCACGACGAAGCAGAUCUUUAGCACAAAACCCACGUAUGACGGAGAGGAUGAGGAGGAUGACAUACCAAAGGGCGAGUUGGCCUACCUACCCGAGCGGACAUGCGCGAUAUGCUACCAAGAUCAGAACCCAACAGGGGGACAGUCAGAGCAGGAGAUCAUGGCCAGUAGCGCAGCUGCAAAUAGCGGCAUUAUUGGAAGUUCCACGACCGAUAUCACGAAUCCUUACGAAGCGGACCCUUGCGGCUGUGUCUACUGUUUCGUCUGCCUGGCCCAACGCAUCGAGGCGGAAGAAGGUGAAGGUUUCAUUUGUUUGCGAUGUGGAGAGACGGUCAAGGAAUGCAGACCAUGGAACGGAGACGUUCUGAUUGAGAAGAGGUCAAGGAGGUUAACACAGAGCACAGGAGCGGCAGAGAGUCGGCCGCCUAGCAGGAGGAAAAGUGUAAUGUUUGAUCUGGACAACGAGAAGCAGGAGGAAGAAGAAGAGGAGGAGAACGAGAUUCCGCUGAGCACCGUGGAACCUAUGCCGUUGGAAGAGAGUCAGGCUUGGAGUGAAGUUAAUGGACACGACGAUGGCGAGGACGAGGAAGAAGGAGAUGACAGUGGGAGCGAGGACAUCAAUUACGAUGAUGAGGAUGAGUGAAGAUACCCGACAAUGCAUCAUGUUUCUCUUCUUUUCCAGCCGUCUUGCAAGGCAUUGUGGGUUCAGAGAGUGUGCGAAGACCGAAGUCCCAGCAAUCCCAUUCAGAACCACGACGCGGAGGCGUCCAAGUCUACGACCCUUCAUUGAAACCUACUGGGCCCUGGAAACGAGUCGACCAUCCGGCGCUGUCUCUACACGGAAGACGCUUGCUGCAGGCCCUUGUGCUCUAGAGGAGCGACAGCUGGACUGGACUUCUCCAGAGACGUCAACAGAUCGUGCUGCAGCUCCGAUCGAUGAUAGCAUGCGGUGACUUCCGAGCUGCAGCCAGACCUCAGAGCUCAGAGCUGCACACUCGGCCCAGAUCUGUGGCCUUCUCAGCAUAAUCAACUAUCGCGGGACU